CACACGGAAGUGGCACCGUCCCCGUGUGUCCCCGUGUCCCGUCCCGGCGGGGCCUCCUCCCGGCUGGCACAGCAGGGAAGGAAAGGAGAGAACAUCCAUGGGGUUCCAACCCUCCCUGUCACCCCUGUCACCGCAGACCCCGCCGUGCUGGGAUGGCCCCGGAUGCCUGAGCCCCCCUGGCCCCUCCCCAGCCAUGGAGACUGUGGUCAUCGUGGCCAUCGGGGUGCUGGCCACCAUCUUCCUGGCGUCCUUCGUGGCGCUGGUGGUGGUGUGCAGGCAGAGGUACUGCCACCCCAAGGACCUGCGCCACCACUAUGACACCAAACCCAUCGUGGACCUGAUGGGGACCUCGGAGACGCCAUCGGAGCCCUCGGAGCUGGAGCUGGACGACGUGGUCAUCACCAACCCCCACAUUGAGGCCAUCCUGGAGAACGAGGACUGGGUCGAGGACGCCUCGGGUCUGGUGUCCCACUGCAUCGCCAUCCUGAAGAUCUGUCACACGCUGACAGAGAAGCUGGUGGCCAUGACCAUGGGCUCGGGUGGCCGCGUGAAGUCCCCUGCCAGCCUGGGUGACAUCAUCGUGGUGGCCAAGCGCAUCAGCCCCAGGUGAUGGGGAGUUCUGGGGGUCCCUGGGGUUUUGGGAGGCAAAGGUCCAGGGGCUCGAGGGGGAGACCCCAGUGCUCUGGAGGCAAGGGCCGCGGCGCUGCUGCUGUCCGUGAGCCACCUGGUGCUGGUGACUCGCAGCGCCUGCCGCCAGCCCAGCGCCCGACACUGGGUCGAGCGGUCGCUGGCGGCGGCCGAGGAGCACAUGGCCGUGCUGCGCCAGGCUGCCAUGGCCACCGAGACGGAGCGGCCCCCCGGCCCCCCGGAGCACGGCCGGCAGGAGCAGUCGGCCAUCUGAGACCCCCCGCCCCCAAUAAAGGACCUGUGCAACCCCCCCAGUGAGGGGGGAUCUGGGCA